AUUAAAGGCACAACUUCAGCACGGUCAAUCUUUUAAGUCUUGCAAUUACAAUUGCCAAUUAACAGACUUUCAAGAUGUGUGGAAUCUUCGCUUGUCACCAUCAUCCCGAUGUGCAGAAAUUCAAGCCCACGGCUUUACGGAUGGCAAAAGCCAUCCGUCAUCGAGGCCCGGAUUGGAGCGGAAAUUUCAUCAAGAACCAGACGAUUCUCGUGCACGAGCGUUUGAGUAUCGUUGGUGUUGACUCUGGAUCCCAGCCUCUCGUCAACGAUGACUCCUCUAUCGCCCUUGCCGUCAAUGGAGAAAUCUAUAACCACCGAAUUCUAAGGAAAUCUCUGGAUUCCAAAUACCACUAUAAGACACAUUCCGACUGUGAAGUCAUUAUUCCGUUGUACAUGAAAUAUGGUGUCGACGCCCCUAAACAUCUCGAUGGAAUGUUUUCCUGGGUUCUCUAUGAUGCCAAUGAAGAUCGUGUCAUCGCUGCCCGUGACCCCAUUGGCGUCACCAGUUUCUACCAGGGAUGGUCUUCCAAGACUCCUGGCGCUGUUUAUUUCGCUUCGGAAUUGAAGAGUCUACACCCCGUGUGCGACAAAAUUGUUGCAUUCCCUCCAGGACACAUUUAUGAUUCCAAAACCGACACCACGACGCGGUAUUUUGAGCCCACCUGGUGGGACCCCAAGCGAGUGCCAACGACCCCUGUUGACUAUAAGGCUAUCCGUGAAUCGUUGGAACGAUCAGUCCGCAAGCGUCUCAUGGCAGAGGUUCCCUAUGGUGUGCUCUUGUCUGGUGGUUUGGAUUCCAGCUUGGUCGCCUCGAUUGCACAGCGCGAGACUCUUCGUACGAGGGCUAUGCAGACUCAAGGUUCUAUUGCCUCGGAAAAUGGCGAUGGUGAGCUUGUGGGUAUUGACGAUGAGAAUGACCUCUCAACCGUGACUCUCCUCGCUCAACUACACUCUUUCUCAAUUGGUUUGCCCGGUGCACCCGACACUGAGGCUGCUAUUGAGGUUGCUAAGUUCCUUGGUACUCGGCACCACGCCUUCACAUUCACCAUUGAGGAUGGUCUCAACGCGCUCUCUGACGUGAUCUACCACCUCGAAACCUACGACGUGACCACCAUCCGUGCUUCGACUCCCAUGUAUCUCUUGAGCAGAAAAAUCAAAGCUCUUGGCGUGAAGAUGGUUUUGAGUGGUGAGGGCAGUGACGAAAUCUUCGGCGGCUACCUUUACUUCCACGCCGCUCCCAACAAGGAGGAGUUCCAUGCCGAAACUGUCCGGAGAGUGAAGAACCUUCAUCUUGCAGACUGUCUUCGUGCCAACAAGUCCACUUCCGCAUGGGGUCUUGAGGCCCGCGUGCCAUUCUUGGACAAGCAAUUCUUAGAGACCGCCAUGAAUGUGGACCCACAGGAAAAGAUGAUCACAAAGGACCGCAUUGAGAAGUACAUCUUGCGAAAGGCUUUCGAUACCUCUGACGAGCCAGACGUUGCACCUUACCUUCCAGACAAGAUCCUCUGGCGACAAAAGGAGCAGUUCAGUGAUGGUGUUGGAUACGGAUGGAUUGAUGGUCUCAAGGACAACGCCGAGCUUCAUGUUACAGAUGAGAUGAUGAAGAACCCCAAACCUGAAUGGGGUGAUGACAUUCCCACCACUAAAGAGGCUUACUGGUACCGCAUGAUGUUUGACGAGCACUUCCCUCCUUCUUGCGCAAACACUGUUGAGCGCUGGGUGCCCACCUGGUCUAAGCAGACUGAUCCUAGUGGACGUGCCAUUUCUACACACGUUGCCAAAUACAAAGACGCAGCUUAAAAAUACCCAAAAAAUCGUCAUCGAUAUCAACUACAAGAAAAGCCCGCUUCAUGGGGAGUAGAUACCUAUUUUUUGUUGGUAUGGCGGACUUUUUUGAUUAGAACCCCACAUGUUUGAUUCUUGGAGGCAUUCUCAUCGUUAUACAUACCAUCUAAAGAGGUUGGGAAAAGAUAGAGUUUAUUUCGGCGAUGUAUUAGAAAAUGGAUUGUUAGAUGUCGGCCCUG